AUGGAAGCCUUCUGGGAUUUAGUUAGCAUGUUUCAGAGCACAGCCAUGGGGGAUGCAGCAGGGCAGCCUGAGCCCAGGGCUGCUCGCUGGCAGCUCUUUGAUUGCAGCAUGAGGAGUGCAGCCAGGAGGAUGAGGACGUUCCAGCAGUGGCCCCGCACUGCCCCUGUGUCUGCCCGGGACCUGGUGGAGGCUGGAUUCUUCUAUGUGGGCCCCAGGGAUGAAGUGCAGUGUUUCUGCUGCGGUGGUGUCCUGAAGGACUGGAGACCUGGUGAUUGCCCCAUCAUGGAGCACCGCAGUUUCUUCCCUUGCUGUCGAUACCUCUGCGGCGAGGGCGUUGGGAACCAGGAGAUGCUGUCCCUGCAGAACAUCUUUGACACUGUGGAUGGGCAGUUCCUGAGUGUCUUGCCAGGGAUAGUCAGUGAGGAUACAGCCCUGCCCAACGAGCCAGAGUACCCUGAGAUGGUGACAGACGAGAUGAGACUGUCUACAUUUGAGAACUGGCCACAGAAUUCCAGCGUGCAUCCAGAGCAACUGGCUAGAGCAGGGUUCUUUUACACAGGACAAGGAGAUAUGGUGAGGUGUUUUUACUGUGAUGGAGGCGUGAGGAGCUGGUCCUUUGGAGAUGAUCCUUGGAGGGAACAUGCCAAAUGGUACCCUGAGUGUGAAUUUUUGCUGCACUCAAGGGGGAGAGAAUUUGUCAGCAACGUCCAGGCAACCUUUUCUACCACCCUGCUGGCUCCAAGACAUUCCUGGGAUCAGACUGAGCAAGACUCCUCUCCUUCCCAAGAUCCUCUCAGGGACUGGAAAUUGCGGGCUCAUCCUUCCAAGGAACAGAGUCUCAUAGUGCAGAAUGUCCUGCAGAUGGGCUUUGACCCCACCUGGGUGGCAAACCUGAUAGAGAAUAAAUUUGCACUGACUGGGAAUUUCUACCUGUCUGAGUCCGAGCUGGUUUCAGACCUGCUGCAGUCAGGCUGUGGGGCCAGCAGCAGUGCAGGAGGAAGCAGAGGUGCUGUUCAGAGAGAGACUGGAACAUCAAGACAAGAAAUGCCAUCUGUGCAGCAAAAGGAAUCAGAUGGGUCUCAGCUGAGCACAGAAGAACAGCUCCGCCGCCUGCAGCAGGAGAGGAUGUGCAAAGUGUGCAUGGACAAAGAUGUGUCUGUGGUGUUUGUCCCCUGUGGCCACCUGGUAGCUUGUGCAGAAUGUGCCCUCAAUUUGAGGCUGUGUCCCAUCUGCAGAGCUGCCAUCCAGGGCAGUGUGAGAGCUUUCAUGUCCUGAGCCAUGAUGCACUCAAGGGGAGGGAGAAGUCCAUACAACUCAUUCGUAACUCAGCAGAGGGAGAAAAUA